GAUUUGGAAGAGGGUGGGCCAUCGUAGAGCACACAAAUCCCAUUCCAUCCGUUGCUCUUGGCGAGAGGAGAAGUUUGGCUGCAGAAGCUCCGAUUGUGUUCUUCUGACGCAUGGUUGUUUGAUACACCACGGGAGCACUGAGUUCGGUGUGUGAAAGUUUAGGGACAAUUUCGUGUGAAUAAAUCGCCUGGUUUAAGGUGAAAAUUGUGUUUGAUUGGUUCUUAAUCGGAUCGUUGGAAGAUGUCGCUGAAGACGUUGAGCGCUGCUGCUGUUCGGCUCGAGGCCCAAAGGCAUAGUUCGCUGCAAAAGGUGUGCCGAACAUUCGCGACUCAGCUGAGUGAACCCAAUGGACCAUCUGUCAAAACUGCCAUCCCUGGACCGAAAUCCAAGGAACUACUGAAACAGCUCAAUGCACUCCAGCAAGGAGGAUCGGUGCAGCUGUUUGCCGACUACGAGCGUUCCGUUGGCAACUACCUGCAGGAUGUCGACGGCAACGUACUGUUGGACAUCUACACACAGAUAUCGUCCGUUCCGCUGGGCUACAAUCACCCGGAGCUGCUCAAAGUGUUCAAAAAUGAUCACAAUCUCAAAAGCCUCAUCAACCGUCCUGCUCUAGGUGUAUUCCCGGGCGAGGAUUGGCCUAGCAAGCUUCAAAACGUUCUGAUGACUGUUGCUCCAAAGGGUCUCGAUCACCUGACGACGAUGAUGUGCGGCUCCUGCUCUAAUGAAAAUGCAUUCAAGAACAUCUUCAUUUGGUACCAAAGAGUUCGCCGUGGCGAAACUGUAUCCUUCACUCAAGAAGAAAUUAACUCCUGCAUGGUUAAUCAAGCUCCCGGUGCACCCAAGCUAAGCAUCAUGAGCUUCCACGGGGCCUUCCAUGGACGCACUUUGGGAACGCUUUCGACCACCCACUCCAAGUACAUCCACAAGAUUGACAUCCCGUCGUUCGAUUGGCCGAUUGCUCCCUUCCCAAAGUACAAGUAUCCACUGGAGGAAAAUGUUCGUGAGAAUGCCCAGGAGGAUGCUCGUUGCCUGGCGGAAGUUGAAAGCCUGUUCGAGCAGUACGCCAAGAAGGGCAUUCCCGUGGCAGGGGUUAUUGUCGAACCGAUCCAAAGCGAAGGCGGUGAUAACGAAGCUUCGCCGGAGUUCUUCCAAGGACUGCAGAGGGUCACGAAGAAAAACGGCGCUGCUCUGUUGAUCGAUGAGGUUCAGACGGGUGGAGGACCCACGGGCAAGAUCUGGUGCCACGAGCACUUCAACUUGGAUAGCCCUCCGGAUGUGGUGACCUUCAGUAAGAAGAUGCAACUGGGAGGAUACUUCCACAAUCUGAACAUGACUCCGCAGCUGCCGUACCGUGUGUUCAACACCUGGAUGGGUGACCCAGGAAAGGUUCUGCUGCUGGAAUCGAUUUUGAAUGUGAUCAAGUCGGAAGCCUUGUUGCAGAAUGUCGAAAAGACCGGUGCCAAGCUGAAGCAGGGACUGCUACAGGCCCAGAAAGAUUAUCCACAUCUGCUGAAUUCCGCAAGAGGACGUGGAACGUUCCUGGCUAUCAACUGUGCCAGUGCUAAGAUGCGCGAUGAUGCCGUUGCAGCGCUGAAGCAGAAAGGUGUCCUUUCGGGUGGUUGCGGUGACUUGAGCAUUCGUUUCCGUCCGGCGCUAAUAUUCCAGGAGAAGCAUGUUGACAUCUUCCUGGAUAAAUUCAACCAGGUCCUCAAGGAGCUUAAGUGAAGAGAUACGGAGAACAGAUAAGCCAAAUUGAACUUCAAUAGCUCCAAUUAACGGUUUUAGGGAGAACUUCCAGCUACUAAUACGACAGAGAAUUGCAUUUACAUGUGGUACCGUUUGAUUGUAUUUGCACACAAAAUGAUCUGCGCUACGCUGCAUAAUGCACUAUGAUUUACCAGUUCAGACACAAACAAAAUAGUUAUAAUAAUUGCUAUUAUUGAUAGUAUAGUGAGCUAAAAUGUUUAGGAUUAACUACAGGAAACCAUACGAGUAAUACUCCAAACAUUGCCAUUGCAUAGAAAGUGAGAACAUUUGUCUUCCGGAGAAUUG